AUGGAGGACCGGCGCGCCUCGGCCCAGCAGGCCGACAUUGCGCUCGCCAGCCUCGGCUACAAGAGCGAGCUCCCGCGCAACUUAAAGAUGAUGUCCGUCCUCGGCCUCUCAUUCGCCAUCAUGGCCGUCCCCUACGGCCUGUCCACUACAAUGUCCUACUCGCUCGUCAACGGCCAGUCCGUCACCGCCCUCUACGGCUGGUGCUUCGUCUCCGCCAUCUCCCUCUGCAUCGCCGCCUCCCUCGCCGAGAUUUGCGCCGUCUACCCGACCGCCGGCGGCGUCUACUACUGGAGCGCCAUGCUCGCCAGCCGCCGCUGGGCGCCCCUCGUCAGCUUCGUCGACGGCUGGCUCACGCUCGUUGGCAACUGGACCAUUACCCUCUCCAUCAACUUUGGCGGCGCCCAGCUCAUCAUCUCCGCCAUUUACAUGUUUAACGAGAAUUACGUCACAAAGUCCUGGCACACCGUGCUCGUCUUUUGGGCCCUCAUGCUCGUCUGUGCCGCCAUCAAUGCCUUUGGCUCCAGGUACCUCGACGUCAUCAACAAGGUCUGCAUCUACUGGACCGGCGCCAGCGUCAUCAUCAUUCUCGUCACGCUGCUCUCCAUGGCAGACACGCGCAACUCUGGCCGCUUCGUCUUUGCGCACUACGACAGCUCCGAGAGCGGCUGGCCCGCCGGCUGGUCCUUUUUUGUCGGCCUCCUCCAGCCCGCCUACGUCCUCACUGGCUACGGCAUGGUCGCCUCCAUGUGUGAAGAAGUGCAAAAUCCCGAGCGCGAGGUUCCCAAAGCCAUUGUCCUCUCCGUCGCUGCCGCCGGCGUCACCGGCCUAUUCUACCUCGUUCCGCUCCUCUUUGUCAUCCCCGAAGUCAGCGCGCUCCUCAAAGAGGCCACCGAAAAGGCCGCCGGCCAGCCCAUUGGCAUCAUCUUCAAGCACGCCACGGGCUCCGCCGGCGGCGGCUUCGGCCUCCUCUUCCUCAUCCUCGGCAUCCUCAUGUUCGCCGGUAUCGGUUCCCUCACCGCGGCCUCCCGCUGCACCUACGCCUUUGCUCGCGACGGCGCCAUUCCCGGAUACAAGCUCUGGCGUCGCGUCCACUCCCGCCUCGACAUGCCCAUCUGGUCCCUCGCCCUCUCCACCGCCGUCAUCUCCCUCCUCGGCUGCAUCUACUUUGGCUCCCCCACCGCCUUCAACUCCUUCACCGGCGUCGGCACCAUCUGCCUCUCGGCCUCCUACGCCGUCCCCGUCAUCGUCAACCUCGCCCAGGGCCGCGUCGCCGUCAAGGACUCGCCCUACUCGCUCGGCCGCUGGGGCGUCGUACUCAACGGCGUCUGCGCCGUCUGGAUCUUCUUUGCCAUUGUCAUCUUUUCCAUGCCCAGCGCUCUGCCUGUGCAAGCCGAUACCAUGAACUACGCCUCGGUCGUGUUUGCGGGCUUUGCCGCGAUUGCCGGCCUCUGGUAUCUGGUGCAUGCGCGACACAAUUUUACGGGCCCGCCUGUACUGCGGAGCGAUUCAGUCGGCGCCACGGAUGGCGUGGCGCCGCAGGAUUCCAAUACUGACUCUCCAGAGUAUGAAAAGGAAGUCAAGUAA